GAAAAUGUUUAAAUUGGGAAGGAUACUUUGUAAACACUCACCGAAAUCCGACGACCCGGAAAAUAAGAAAGUUAAAGCUUCCUCUUCGAAAUCGAAAUGCGUUGUUAAACCGGAGAAGCAUCAAGAAAGAUCGACUUCGAUACCCGUCUUUGAAGAAACGAAGAUGCGAGACGAAUCGAAAUUGCAACUAGGUAAAGGAAGGAAAGGGAGCGGCUCGAUAUUAUGUUCUCCAAGAAAAGAGAGCAAAGAUAGUAUUGCAAGAAAACAUUAUUCCGAAGAAGUUUGUAAAUCGAGGACUUGUUCUAAACAAAACUGCACGUCGGAAGUAUCUGACAAAGAAGUUGCUCCGUCGAAACUAACCGAGAUGAUAAACUAUUCGGUCAAAGAAGCUAUGGAAACAUUAAUAAAGCAGUGUGCAAUGGAUACAGUAAGGGGCAAUGACGAUAGUAGAUGCUUAGGGAGAACCCGUUGUUAUCCAUGCGAUUAUCCGAGAAAAUAUGAUAAGCGAGCGUCCUGUAUGAAAAGAUGUAAGGGACCUAUCCCGCUAUGUCCUAAUGUAAAAGAAGUUUGUCCGGCGAAAGAGAAAAAGCGUUGUAAAUUGCCAGAAAAUGUACAAACGGAUAAUCGCCGAAUGACCGGAAAUGUUAACAUUUAUAUAUGUUCGGAAGCUAGCGAGAAUCAGCGCAAAGAAAAACAAAAACAAAAGUCUCAAUCCUGCACAGAAUCGAGUUCCGAAACGACAACCGAACGCACGGACUCGUCGUGCGCACGAACAUCCACCAGUAUAUCAUCUGCCAAAGUCGUGAGUAAUGUAGAAACAAGGUGUCAACCUUUGGAGGAAGGAAAAUUGGAUAAUUGUUUCUCGAUGGGAGAUACACCAUGCGCCGUUCAGAGCGACGAAAGUAAUGGCACUUGCUGCGAUAGAAAGUACGACGAUUCGUUGGAGAUGGACGAUCAUUCCGAAUUUUCGAGUUGUGAGUCAUGUAGAAGCAUGGACAUUGACAGCAUGAUGUCCUCUACUUCUUCCACGAGAGAUGGUUGUUGUUGUCAAGGCACAGCAUCGAGUUACAUCGACGUUCAUCAUGACUUGUCGUGCUUAAAACCCAGAUUCACGAUUUGUAGCGAUAAAUUCGAGAGUCCCUGUGCCGCAACGAUUUAUCACAAAUGUCCUGCUUAUGACGAGGCAGGUGAUUCUUGCGUGCAAAGAACCGUUUGUACGAGAAGACCACGUUCACGUUGUCAAGAUUCGUUGAGCCGAUCUAUGGAUCAUCGUUGUGGCUAUUACGGUGGUGUGCAUAAAUGCUGUUGUAAAAAACGACCAAGAUUUCGGCCAAUUAAAAGAAGAAGCUCGUUUGAUGUUCUCCAUACAAGAGGAUUAUGUCGCAAGUGGUCGAGAUGUUCUUGUAUCUUAGAAGAGGACGAAAUAGAAGAUCCAAUGCAACAUGCGACGUGUGCAGAUAUUUUUAACGAAGAAACAUUAAACGGUCCGGAUUGUAGGAUUCAUAAAUCUGUAGAUAAUUGUAAUGUGCAGACAAUGACAACUUCGAAAACCGAGCUGAAGGAUGAAGAUAUAAUAGAAACGAAAAAGAAAACAUCUUCGAAAUGUUUACACAAAAAGCGAAAGGAUGUUUCAAAAACACACACGAAAAUAUCAUCCGUACAGAAGAUAAAUCCUGCUACAAAAAAAUCAACAAUCAAAGUUGUUUCUUCCUCAGAAAAAAGUAGUAGCUCGCCGAAGCAAGUUUGUACCGAGGUAGAUAAGAAUCUAAAAGUUGAAUGUCCAGAAACGUCCGCCAAAAAAUGUGUAAAAGAGGGACAGAAACAAAAGAGCUUAUCGGAGAAGAAAUCUAGGUGUACGUUCUUCGGUCGAUCCAUUAAAAAGGCAAUAAAUAUAGUGAAGCCGAGCAAAAUGUAUGAAAAAGAUAAUCGAACGAAUUGUCGGACGAAACCAGUUCAAAGUACCAAAUCUAAAAUCGAAAUAUGUCGUCCAGAUGAAAAAAAGAAGAUUAGAAGUCCCGAUUGUUUACAAGAAAUCGAACAAAGAAAAGAGGAAGAAACGUCAGACGGAUGUAAGGUAACUGGAAGUUCAAGUAAACGGCCGAAAACGAAAUUACAAACUAUGUUGGCACAUAAGAAAACGUCGAAAUCGGAAGAAAUAAGUUAUAUAAAAAAGACGGGAGAUACGAAAAAAGUUGAACGCGUUAAAGAUACGAAAGAGAAGAGUGAACUGUUAAAGAGUAAAGAUGCGACAGGCGAUUUCGAAGAAGACUGUAGUAAGAUAACGAUAUCUAAAGGAGAACCGGAAAAUCUUGGUUGUCAAGCCGAUAGUUGUUCUUACGAGAAGAAAUGCUCGAAACCCACGAUAAACAGAUGCUGUUACUGUUGUCUACCUGUUGUAGAUUGUAUCUGUGAAUGUCAUCCUCCCGCAUGCGAGUGCCAUCCUAUUAUAGUGGAUAAUUGCGAGUGCGACAAACCGAAAACAUGUGACGAGUUUUGUCAAACCGGAAGUUUCUAUAGGUAUGAUGUACUGUGUCUCGAUUGUCACAAACCAAAGGACAAGUGUUGUUGUAAAACAACCUGCGUUGAUCAUUGCAUUCCAAAAUAUCAACGCGCAUGUAACGAGACCAUUUGUGUUUAUUGCAAAUAUCCUAAAGAUAAAUGUAUUUGUAGAGCACCGAUUCGUAAAUGUUCAUAUUGCAAUCUCUCCUUCGACGUCUGUAAAUGUCGUGAAUUUUACAAUGGUAGACCCAUCGUCACUGAUUGUGACGGUGAUCAAAAGAUAUGUGUUACGGCUUGGAAACCUAAAGCGGAAGUAAGACGAUAUUUUUCAAGAAAUUUCGAUGCCUUUCGAUCGGAUUCCCUUGAUGAAUGUUGCUGUCAUGAAACGCAUAAAGCUUAUUGUUUUAACGAUCUACCUUAUCAACGAUUGAGUAUUUUUUCGGAUGUGAUGAGCGAACUUCAACAAAAAAUAAGUGAUUCUGUGUGUUGUGAGAGAUGUAAAAUGACUCCUUGUUGUUGCAGAGGUGCUAAAAACGUGGAAGAUGACGAAAGGAAGGGGAGGUGUUAUGUCAGACAAAGAUCAAGAAGUCCGGAAGUAGAGUACGUGAGAGGAAAAUCUUGUACCAGUCACAGAUGCGGUCGAAGUCCAGACAGGAACAUUCAACGAAGAACGAUGCCUUUUUCUCGUAUUUGCUGUUAUUGUAAAGCAUUACCUUGUAGAUGUAAAAAAGGAAAAAUAACUAUAAGGAGACCACGGGCAAAAUGUUAUUAUUGCAAAAGUUGUCCCUGCACCUGUAUCAGUGCAAGGGAAUUUAACAAAUCAAGGUCAUGCAAGUGUGGUGAUUCACCGUGCCGUGCCAAAGAGAAGGAAACUAUGGCAUGUGGAAAGGCAUUCAAUGAUGCUCGGAAGUAAAACGAAGAGAAGGUAUACAAGGAAUUUGGUCGAUGAAGGAAAUGGAAGGUUCAAUCUUAUGGUGUUAUGUUGGGGUGAAGGUCAUGGAUCAGCUAUUCACGAUCACGCAAACGCGCACUGUAUUAUGAAGGUUCUUCAAGGAGAACUUU